AUCAUUCUCGUUCAGCGGCAACCAGAUAAGUAUAUUGCAGAACCUGGGUGAUACGCACGACUGUGUUGAAAAUUAUUGAAGGAAACAUUCGCUUUUUUUUUUAUUGUCGUUACCAUUGACCAAAUCUUGAUGGCUGUUUUGAUCGCAAAAUAAAACGUUUCGUUGCGACAUUCACAUGUGUUCUUUUUGACACGACAAGCGGAUAUUUUACACUUCCCCGGAGUCAGAGAGAAGACGAGGCGCUCAAAAUGAAGUACAAAAACCUGAUGGCCAAGGCGUUAUACGACAACGUCCCAGAGUCCCCGGAGGAGCUGGCCUUCCGGAAAGGGGACAUCUUAACAAUCAUUGAGCAGAACACGGGUGGCCUGGAGGGGUGGUGGCUCUGCUCGCUACACGGACGCCAGGGCAUCGCCCCGGGCAACCGCCUCAAGCUGCUGAUUGGUCCAAUCUUCGACGCCCAGUCCCCUAUCGCCCAAUCAUCACCUAUAGGCUCGGCCUACCAGCAGAAGGCCGUGUCAUCGUCCCAGGGGCUGUACCAGGUGCCCCCGUCCCUCCAGAGCCCGGGGCAGCAAGGGAUCUACCAGGUACCCCUGGGACAAGAUGUGUACCAGGUCCCCCCUCAGAGGAAUGCCCUGGCUGCAGACAACACCCCCAGCAAGGUGGUGACCCCGACAGGAGUGGGACAGUCCUAUGCCUACAGCGCUGGUCAGCAUAACCAACAGGACCUCUAUGACGUUCCUCCAAUGAGACCACAGGGGGUGUAUGACAUUCCUCCUGGGAAACUGAUGGGCUCACACUCUCCCGGACAACAUGGGAAUGCUCGUCCCCAAGGAGGAAUCUAUGAUAUUCCUCCAUCCACUCAAAUGGACCCUCGGAAACAAGGGGUUUACGAUAUCCCUCCCUCCACACAAGGGGUGUACUCUGUGCCUCCCUGCUGGAACACCCCAGCCCUCCAGGAGGGGAACUACGAUUUCCCCCAGCCUCUCAAACAACACAAACAACAGGAGGGCAUCUACGACGUACCCCCUCCCACCUUUACCAAGCCCUCAGCCUCCCUGUCCCCCCAGUCCAACUAUGACUUCCCCCCCAGUUCCCAGCCAAUUGGCCCCCACCACCUCCAACGCCCCGUCGCCAAUGACAACGAGGGAAUCUACGACGUGCCGCCCCCCUCCCACCAGCUCUCUGGGGCGGGGCCUCGGGGGGACCUGUAUGACAUCCCCAGGGGGAUGCAGCAGCCCCCCUCCCAGCACCGCUCCACCCCCCAGGAGAGGGACAGGGGGAAGGGCCAAGGCGUAUAUGACAUCCCCCCUGCUCUGGGGGACGUGGCGGAUGGGGUGAAUCGCCUGUCCUUCUCCAGUACGGGCUCCACACACAGUUCCAUGUCAACCUCCUCCACCUCCACGGUCUCCAGUGCUGAGGGCCGGCUGGCCCUGGAUGUGGACCAGGCCGUCCAGAGGCUGUGCCGCCAGCAGCAGGCGGUAGAGGCCUCAGUCGGGGCCCUGCAGAGCCUGGCCUCUUCCCCCCACUGGAGGACUUACCCUUUCAUGGAGCGCCAUACCAACGAGGUGCGCACCGUGCUAGACCGGGUGCGGGCAGCCCUGGGAGACUUUGUGGUGUUUGGGAGGGGUGCUGCGGCCAACGCCACUGCCCUGUCAGACCCCAGCCUGCACAGUAAGCUAAGGAGGCAGCUGGGGAGGCUGGAGGACUCCCAGCAGAUCAUCCUGCAGACCUACCAGAGCCUGGAGAACUGCGGCUGGGCCCUCAACACCGUGACCAUCUCCAGCGCCUCCAAGCACCAGAUCAAGAGUGACGACCUGGAUCGCUUUGUCAUGGUGUCCAGGACGGUGCCCGACGACGCCAAGCAGCUGGCCUCCUCCGUGGGGGGUAAUGCUGAGCUGCUUUUUAGACGAGCACCCACCAUGAACGGGUCCUCCUACCCCAGGGGUGGUACGCCCGAGGAGGCCGUCAUCCACCCUCUAACCUCUCCACCCUCAGAUAGUGAUAACUACAGGGGCCACACCAAGCCCUUUCCUGUGCCCUCCAGCCAAGACAAAGGCAACAUGAACAAUAGUGAGAAGUGUGUUAAGAGCUGGAUGGAGGACUAUGACUACGUCCAUCUGCAGGGAAAAGAGGACUUUGAGCGUCAACAGAAAGAGCUCCUGGAGAAAGAGAACAUCAUUAAACAGAGCAAGGUGCAGCUGGGACAGGAACAGAUGAACCAGUUCAAGCAAUUGGAGCAAGAGGUGAUCAAACCAGUGGAGAACGACAUCACACAGUGGAUCUCCCACCAGCACCCGACAGGCCCCUCCUCCUCCCCGUCAGACACCUCCUCCUCUCCCUCCCCCUCGCUGACAGGAGGCAGGGCCCAGCUGUGUGGGCGGGACCGUCAGCUGCUGGGCUUCUACGCAGAGCAGUGCCAGCAGCACUUUGUCACGUUGCUCAAGGCCGUGGACGCUUUCUUUGGUUGCGUGGGCGCUGGCCAGCCACCCCGCAUCUUUGUGGCACACAGCAAGUUUGUCAUCCUCAGCACUCACAAACUGGUAUUUAUUGGGGACACUCUGUCCAGGCAGGCAGCCACGCCCGAGGUGGCCAACCGGGUGAUGAACUCUAGCAAUGUGCUUUGCGACCUGCUGAAGACUGUGGUGGGAGCCACUAAGACGGCCGCGUUGCACUACCCCAACACCGUCGCAGUUCAGGACAUGGUGGACAGAGUCACGGAUCUCUCACACCACGCUCAACAGUUCAAAGAACAGCUGCUGCAGAUGGCUGCUUUGUGAUUGUUUGUGUUGUCACUACCUGAUCCCUUCUAUUGCACCAUAGCAUCCUAUGUGUAUAUACCGUAUAUAUCUAUAUAUGUAUAUUGCUCGUUGUUAAACUUAAGAGUUUUUGGGGGCUGUUCUGUACAUAUUUGGUUCUAUUUUUGUGUAGAAUGUUUUUAUAUACAGUAUCAGUCAAAAGUUUGGACACACCUACUCAGUCCAGGGUUUUACAUAAUUUUUUACUAUAUUCUACAUUGUAGAAUAAUAGUGAAGACAUCAAAACUAUGAAAUAACACACAUGGAAUCAUGUGUUAAACAAAUAAAAAAAACUGUUAAACAAAUAAAAAUAUAUUCUAUAUGUGAGAUUCUUCAAAGUAACCACCCUGUGCCUUGAUGACAGCUUUGCACACUCUUGGUAUUCUCUCAACCAGCUUCAUGAGGUAGUCACCUGGAAUGCCUUGUUAAAAGUUCAUUUGUGGAAUUUCUUUCCUUAACCUGUUGCGACGAGCAAUCCCGUAUCCGGGAGCGUAAUUAUAGCCUCAAGCUCAUUACCAUAACGCAACGUUAACUAUUCAUGAAAAUCGCAAAUGAAAUUAAAUAAAUAUAUUGGCUCACAAGCUUAGCCUUUUGUUAACAACACUGUCAUCUCAGAUUUUCAAAAAAUGCUUUUCAACCAUAGCUACACAAGCAUUUGUGUAAGAGUAUUGAUAGCUAGCAUAGCAUUAAGCCUAGCAUUCAGCAGGCAACAUUUUCACAAAAACAAGAAAAGCAUUCAAGUAAAAUCAUUUACCUUUGAAGAACUUCGAAUGUUUUCAAUGAGGAGACUCUCAGUUAGAUAGCAAAUGUUCAGUUUUUCCAAAAAGAUUAUUUGUGUAGGAGAAAUCGCUCCGUUUUGUUCAUCACGUUUGGCUAAGAAAAAAACCCGUAUCCGGGAGCGUAAUUAUAGCCUCAAGCUCAUUACCAUAACGCAACGUUAACUAUUCAUGAAAAUCGCAAAUUAAAUGAAAUAAAUAUAUUGGCUCACAAGCUUAGCCUUUUGUUAACAACACUGUCAUCUCAGAUUUUCAAAAAAUGCUUUUCAACCAUAGCUACACAAGCAUUUGUGUAAGAGUAUUGAUAGCUAGCAUAGCAUUAAGCCUAGCAUUCAGCAGGCAACAUUUUCACAAAAACAAGAAAAGCAUUCAAAUAAAAUAAUUUACCUUUGAAGAACUUUGGAUGUUUUCAAUGAGGAGACUCUCAGUUAGAUAGCAAAUGUUCAGUUUUUCCCAAAAUAUUAUUUGUGUAGGAGAAAUUGCUAAGAAAACCCCCCGAAAAUUCAGUCAUUACAACGCGAACUUAACUCCAUAAUAUCGACAGAAACAUGGCAAACGUUGUUUAGAAUCAAUCCUCAAGGUGUUUUUCACAUAUCUGUUCGAUGGUAAGUCACUCGUGGCAGUUUGGUUUCUCCUCUGUUCAAAAUGGAAAAAUGCACGCACCUGGAGAUUACACAAUAGUUUUGACGGAGGACACCGAGCGGACACCUGGUAAAUGUAGUCUCUUAUGGUCAAUUUUCCAAUGAUAUGCCUACAAAUACGUCAUAAUGCUGCAAACACCUUGGGGAAAAGACAGAAAGUGUAGGCUCAUUCCUUGCACAUUCACAGCCAUAUAAGGAGACAUUGGAACACAGCGCCUCAAAAAUCUGGCUCACUUCCUGUAUGAAAUUUCAUCUUGGUUUCGCCUGUAGCAUUAGUUCUGUGGCACUCACAGACAAUAUCUUUGCAGUUUUGGAAACGUCAGAGUGUUUUCUUUCCAAAGCUGUCAAUUAUAUGCAUAGUCGAGCUUUUCGUGACAAAAUAUCUUGUUUAAAACGGGAACGUUUUUCAUCCAAAAAUGAAAUACUGCCCCCAGAGGUUCAAGAGGUUAAUGCAUUUGAGCCAAGGUAGGGGUGGUAUACAAAAGAUAGCCCUAUUUGGUAAAAAAAACAAGUCCAUAUUAUGGCAAGAACAGCUCAAAUAAGCACAGAGAAACGACAGUCCAUCAGGUUCUCCUCGCUCUUUUGUUUGGGUUUCAACCCUGUGUUUUUGUUAAGUGUUUGUUUCGUCUUCGUCCCCAUGUCUUUACACGGCACGCCGUAAUUUGGUGCUUAAUAAUAAAUAAAUAAAUAAACUAUUACGCAUUCCUGCGUCUGUCUCCCGAGUCAUUCGUGCCAACGUGACAUCUAGGCUAUGUAAGGGCUAUUUGACCAAGAAGGAGAGUGAUGGAGUGCUGCAUCAGAUGACCUGGCCUCCACAAUCACCUGACCUCAACCCAAUUGAGAUCGUUUGGGAUGAGUUAGACCACAGAGUAAAGGAGAAGCAGCCAAUAAAUGCUCAGCAUAUGUGGGAACUCCUUCAAGACUGUUGGAAAAGCAUUCCAGGUGUAGCUGGUUGAGAGAAUGCCAAGAGUGUGCAAAGCUGUCAUCAAAAUAUAAAUAUAAAAUAUAUUUAGUUUUGUUUAAUACUUUUUUGGUUACUACAUGAUAUGUGUUAUGUCAUAGUUUUGAUGUAUUCUACAAUGUAGAAAAUAGUAAAAAAUAAAGAAAAACCCUUGAAUGUGUAGGUGUGUCCAAACUUUUGACGGGUACUAUAUUUAAUUAUGAUAUAAAUAUAUAGAUGAGAUAUAUGUGUCUUUUUAGGGUGAUUUGGACAUAUUUUCGUAACAUUCCCGUUUCAUAUAUUAUAAAGCACCUAAUGAUGAUGACAUCCUUUGUUUUUUUUACCUGUAGAUUGUUGACGCACCCUACUGCUGGAAAUGACGCCAGUGCUUUGUGCAAAUCGUUUGAUGUCGCACUCUUUUGUUGAAAAGGGGGCAGGGCUCUCAACAGACAAAGUAAAGGACUGUUCUUACCCAUA